AAAUCACUACGCAUGCGAGCAUGCGCAGCAAAGAUGCUACAUAACCUCACAUUUUUAUCAACAACAACUACUGUCAAAUCGAUUCCGAACUUUCAAGUUUAGUUGUUAAGAUAAACUACUUAGGAUAGGUGAUGAUAGAAUUACUCAUUAUUAAUAUUACUCUAUUCGACACCUGUAGAUUCUGUUUUAAUUUUGAAUUUUUACCUAAAUUUUUCAGUGCAAUGUUUACAAUACCUAACUAAAACCUAUUAUUCUCGUUAGAGUAUAAGUUAGUUAGUUUAGAGUCAAUCAUUUUCCAACUUUGUAAUUUAAACAAGGAUUAAUAUGUUCAAGACAAAAGGAUCGGUUUUUAUGGAUAUUGAUAAUGUGGGAUCAUCUCUGAGUUUUGUAAUGUCGAACGAGGAGAAAUUGCCUGAACUAGGAAAAUACAGUGUGCUGAUUGAAGUUAGAGCAUGUGGCUUGACAUUGCCUCUAUGUGACAUUAAUACUAUCAGUCAAACUCUGAGGAAAUCAGGUAAAAAACGUGUCGCGGUCGGACAGGAUAUUUCAGGUAUUGUAAGAGCAGUAGGAACUGAUGUAUCCAGUGUCAGGAUUGGCGACCAAGUUGUUGGUAUCAUUCCUCUGGAUUAUGAACAAUCAGGUUGUGCUGAGAAGAUCGUUCUUCAGGAAUAUGAUGUCGUGGUAAAACCAAACUCCGUGAGUUUCAUAGAUGCGGCGAGUUGCAUUGGAGAGGGAAUGACAGCAUAUCUGGCAUUACACUAUCUUGGGCGCAUGACAUCUGGUGAUACUAUAUUGGUGGUGAAUGGAGCCAGCCCUCUAGGCAGCGCCUGCAUACAGCUGGCCCAUCACUGGGGCGCGCGUGUUGUCGCCACCUGCUCCACUUCAGACGAAAAACUCUAUCUACAAACCCUCGCAAAUAAACUCGUACAAGUUGUUAACACGGCUGAGAACAAAACUGAUCUGAGAGCUGUGUGCUUGAAAGAAACUGCAAAUCUUGGCUUCACACUGAUCAUUGAUCAAAGAACAAAUAAUGUCUCUUCACAGGUAAUCAAGCAUAAUAUCAAUGACGUCGACUCAACUACCAUGAAAGACUACGACCCCUCAGUGUUAACAAAUCACGAAAUUAUUUCCUGUUUGUCAGUUGGAGGCCAUUGGGUGACAACCAAUCCCAGUCUUCAGUUGGACCCACCUCAUUCCCAGCAACUAUCGUUGAGAUGUGCAUCGUUAGGCUUCCUCAUGGACCAGCCUUGGCUCAUGAGCGGCAGCUUCCAAGGAAAGUAUCAGCACAUACUCAUGGAUGUUGUCGAGAAAAUAUCAACUUACAUCCUAAGGCCUAACAUUCAUCAUUCAAUCCACCGAGAUGGACUCCUUGAAGCUUGUCAGGAUAUCGGGGAGUUGAACGUUGGGAAAAUAGUAUUAAAUAUCAAUUGAUCAAGUGAUGAUAAAUGAUCGUUGACUGUUAUAAUAUCACCAUACAGUAUCUACAUAUCCGUAAAUAUGAUUUCAGAUUUAUGUACACGGGUGAUUCUCUGUUUAAAAUAAUGUUAUCCUAGAAUUUCAAAAUUGUGAAGUACGAGUCAUAAGAUUUUGUAAAAUUAUGUAAAGUUAGUGUACAACGGGUGACUUACAAUAUAAACUUUUCUUUUUUUACUUUUAUUUCUCAUAUUUUUGAAAUAUUAUUGUUGAUUAGCUUUUGUGAAGCUUUUUGGUGAACUUGUUCAAAUGAAGAUUGUGUUAUAUACUGGAAAUGCAUUGUUAUAGAGUUAUUGUUUGGGUAAAAAAUGGUAAAUUCCACAAGCUGUAAGAGUCUUUGUAAAUGAAAUCUACACUAGAAACAGGGAUUUUGUAGAAUUUCUCCAUAUAAAGGUGAAAAGAAAGAGAUGUUGUCAGUUCCACAUCUCAUGUUCGUGGAAUGUUUGCAUGCAAUUAUAUCAAGUGAAUGUAUUUAUUUUUGUGAAAUAUAAUGUCGUUCAUCAAAAA